UUUCUAGAUAGCUAGGACAAACAACCCCCCCCUUCCUCGAGUGUUGAGUGCAGAGCGCCAUUUUAGAGAGGCAAAGGAAGUUGUUUUGUAAAACAACUUCAAACGCUAAGAAGGGGAAAGAUAACUAAUAUAUAUAAAGCUAAAUACUUUACGGACUGUUACUAAUAAUUUCGUUGGGUAAUACGUAGUCCAGAAAUACCAUUUUAGGGAGCGUUUAUUUUGAAUCUGUUGUUGGAAGGAACAGCAGCAGGCGAAUCCGAGGUCAAAUUGGGCCUAUUUUAGUAGGUAACGUUAGUUAGCGCACUGGCUGGUUGGUUAGCUUGCUAGCUAGCUAUUCCUUUUCUGGUCACAGAAGAAGCAGACGGGACGGUGGGACAAAUCCCCGCGGUAAAUUACCAUUACACAUAUCAACAUCUUCCUCAGAUAGUAGGAAACUAACGCUAGUUACGUAACUAGUAAACAUCUUACUAGCUAAAUGCCUUCGCUAUGGUUCUUAGUCAGCUACUGUAGUUAGAUAGCUAUAACUAGUCUAGCUAACAUUAGCUAGCUGGAAGCUGUAGCCUACAGUGUAGGAGUGUUUGUCAAAGGCAUUGGAAUGUACCAUGGCUGACGGUCUGUGUCAGCUGGGAACUAUUUUGCUAGCUAGCUGCCCAGCUAAAAUGUAGUUAUAUUGUUCGAGAACAAUCAACUAACUACUGGUAACUAACUAUCAGUUUGGCUAACUAGGUAACAUUAGUUAACUAGUUAGUACUAGAUUGCUAAUUAACGUUAUUCUGUGGCAGCAGUAGACCUGACAAAUUCUUCAUAAAUGUCUUGUUUUUCUCUCAUGACUAAAGUUGAGUUGAUUGUGUCUUGUUUUCUAUGGCAGGAGACCAUGGCAGACGAUUUUGACAUUGAGGCUAUGCUAGAGGCUCCAUACAGAAAGGUGGGUAGAAUUGCCAGGCUUGUAUGUUUUUUUUGUGCAUUCACAAUUUGCUGAUCUUGUAUCAUCUUGCUGCUCAGAGAUGUAUACGUUAGCCAUUAUUGAUAGUUAAAUGUGUGCCUCUCAAAAUGUAUGAAUGUGGUGUGUGAUGCAGUCAGACAUAAUCCAAAAUUCUGAAUAAACGCCCAUCUAUCUUUCUUUGUAGACUUGCCUAAUGAUAUCUCACCUCUACUCCCAUGAAUUCACCUUUGAUUCCAGUGUGAACUGUGAAAAAAAGUAAGGUAGUAAUUGCGCAAUGUAUUGAUGUACUGUGAUCCCCCUAGGACAAAAAGAGCCUCAUCUUAGAACAUCCUAUCACCUGUUCGGUUGCAACAAGGUGAAUGCAAAUGGAUGAUAAUCAGCGCAUUUUACCUCACAUGCAAAGGAGACAGUAUUUAACAUUUCUGUUGACAUGGUAACUAAAGGCAUUGUUCCACCAUGUUUACACCUGUUAGUUAGAUUGACGUGAUACCAGUAGUUCUGGCACAUAUUCUAUUGAUAUGCAUUGACAUUUGCUAUCCAUCGUUGUCAAGUAAGUCGGACCUCAAAUAGGCCUUACAUGUAUUAGUACUUCUUUUACCCUUACAUUUGUCUUUUAGUAGAUUAGUCUACUUAAUCUAUAGUAUACUUUGUUUUACAAAUCAUUGAUAUGGCUUAAAUGUGUAGUCAUGAUUUUGCCAAGGUCAACAGAGUAAGCUAUUGAUAACUUUGAAAUAUGAAUACUGUCUCCCUGCCCAAGUCUAUUGAUGGUUUCCGAUUCGUAAAUCAGCAUCUUGACUUUGCAUGCCUUUUAACACCAGUAAUAUUCCAAGUUUAUUUUCUUACUACAAUUUAUUUGUAAGAUGUUCAUUUCAAGAUUUCAUUUCCAUGAUACAUUUAGUUAAUGAUUUCACCAAUAAGAAUAGUUUUCCCCUCAUGAAAUACAAGCCUAAAUGGAUCACCUCCAUUCAGCUGGCACUAAAAGAACAAACAUAGGACAUUUAACAUGAGGCUGAACUAGUGGAUUUUUUCUUUUCAGUUUUUCUUGGGAGUCCAUAUUACUAAGCAGUGUGAAUCCCUGUUUGCUUCAGGGCGAGAUGUGUGACAGAGGUGGCAUCGAACUCUUACAUUCCAAGAAGGAAAAUGGGUGAAGAUCACUGGACUGGCACCAACCACAGGAUCUCUUUUAGUGGCUGUGGGCCAAGCAUGGCCUCAGUGGGCUUAGGAACAGAUAGUGGUAUUGGUACGACAAAGCGGGUGGGGUUGAGAUGACCAAACUGUUACCAUGGCUUACUGUAGCAUGCCAAAAUGUUAGAUACCUUCCCCAUAUACCUUGACUUUUGGUUGGAUUGAGUACUGUACAAUAUGUAUUUAUAACAGUGGGGGGAGGGAUGGGGGUGGAACUCUACAGGGGCUGUAGAUGAACCCCCUUAGAUACUUCUCCAAACAUAUCAGUAAUGUUAACAGUAUUUUUACUAAAUGAAUAUAUUCUGUAUUUUCUUGUUCCCUCCCCUUACCCCUGACGACUUGCAAUGUUUCCUCUACGUCCUCAUGAUGUUCUUCUAUCGACCCUGCUUAGGAUGAGAUCAAGUCCUCUAGCGCUAACGGACAUGAGGAGCGCAGUAGUAAGAAGUAAGUACUGAUUUUAAACUUAGGCUAUUUGCUAAACCAUCUUCACAUUAGGUUCUAGUCGGGUUUUUCUGGUCAGUUAGCUAUCUACGGUUCUAGUCGGGUUUUAAUCAUGUAACCUUUACAAAACUGCAUCAGUAAUGGACAGAAGAUGUUGUCUCAAGUAUCCGUUAACAAUUGUAUUCUGUGAUUCCGUGACUUGCACUCUGACAAUCUCAACUUGUGUUCCAGGAAAAAGAGGAGCCACAGCAGGAGUAGUAGGAGCCCAAGCUCUGACAAGCGCAGAAGCAAGAGCAAAGACCGGAAGAAGAGCCGGGACCGGAAGAGGAGCAAGAGUCGGGAGAAGAAACGCAGCCGCAGUAAGGAGCGCCGCCGCAGUGGCUCCCAUAGCAGGGAACGCGCCGGGCGCUACAGAGGACACCGCAGCCCCUUGUACGUAUAGAGGUCUUCCAUUUUUGGCGUCCCUUAUAUAAAAAUUGUUUGGAAUAGUCUGCUUUAUCUCCUCAUUGUAGGUCAUUUAUUUUUCCCACCUUGAAAGCUGGUAGCUGAAAUGUUGAUGAUGAAAUGAAACAGGAUUUUGUAUUUGACAGUGGUUGGAGGUGGUACAUUUUCUUAGGGUAUGGUUGUUGACUUCUAUGUGGAAGUUCACGCAUGAGGUGGAUAACUAAUGCUGUAGCCCUAGGUUUUGUCCACAGGUCAACCCCCUGUUUACUACUCUCUGUUUUCUUACUUCCUCUUUCAGCUGAGUGGCAUGUGACUGGGCUGAUUAGCCUUUGUGGUUCAAGAGAAGUAGAGUACACAGAAAGUAGGCCCAAAUGGGGUGAGGUGGGGGGAGGCUGUUGUAGUGCCCAUUUUGACUGUCGCCUUUAUGAAUGAGAAAGUGUUAAUCACUCCUACUAUGCAGCUGGAGACAUUUCCUCCACUGAUAGUCAGUGUUCCUGAACCUUACUGGCAAACACACAGGCAUGAAUUGUAGUGUUAGGCAUAUUAAGCUACUCAUUUGAGGUCAUUGGAAGUGGAAUACAAUAAUACUUAUCUAUUAUUAAAAACCAACACAGUUUGGCAUAUAACCUCCAUCAGGGUACUUCAUCAGUAGUAGGCAUACAUACUGAGCUGAAACUUGUUUUACACCCCUAGUUUGGGGCCGAAAUUUAACGGUGGUCCGGGAGGGAAGAUUGGCCCACCACAUGCCAACAAACUAAGGUUUUUAUGAUUAAAUUCUUUGUGAUAUGACGUGUUGGUGGUUGGCUGUCUUGUCAUUAAAAUAUAUAUGUAAAGUCUGGGUUAGAAGAAACUCUUUUGAUUGUUACUUUUUUCAGUCGGAGACGCUCAAGAAGUCGUAGUCCCUUCAAGAAAGACAAGAGUCCAAUAAGGUGAGAUACACAGCCGGAUUGUCUAGUUAGCUAUUGUGGUUUCAGAUCAGUUUUGUGAACUGGAAUCUUUGCUCACCAUCCAUCAAAAAAUAUCUGUUAAACUGUUUUUUGCUUUCUUUUUCAAGGCAACCAAUUGACAACCUGACCCCAGAGGAGAGGGAUGCCCGUACUGUGUUCUGUAUGCAGCUGGCAGCCAGAAUCAGACCAAGAGAUCUAGAGGACUUCUUCUCAGCUGUGGGGAAAGUCAGUAUUCGCAGUUUACAAACUCAGAGCAUUUAAAAGUAGAUUGCAUUAUCUCUUUGAAGCAUGAAAUAUGUCAACAUCAACAUUUAUUUUGACACUGUAUUUAGCUAAUGGUCAAUAGGAAGGUGCUCACUCUUGACACACUAUUGCUAUUUUGUCCCCUGUAGGUGAGAGACGUGAGGAUGAUCUCUGACAGAAACUCAAGGAGGUCAAAGGGCAUCGCCUACAUUGAGUUUCUGGAGGCGAAUUCAGUCCCGCUGGCCAUUGGCUUGACUGGACAGAGACUUCUAGGAGUGCCCAUCAUUGUCCAGGCCUCUCAGGUAGUUGAUUUAACCAUAACAUUUUAGAAUUGAUGAAAUUAGUAAAUGUGAUGUCACCUUUCAACACUAACUUGGCAGAUGGCAUAUAUUCACAAUUUUUGUAUGUGUGUGCAGGCUGAGAAGAACAGAGCAGCAGCAAUGGCCAACAACCUUCAGAAGGGUAAUGCUGGCCCCAUGCGGCUGUAUGUGGGCUCUCUGCACUUCAAUAUCACAGAGGACAUGCUGCGAGGCAUCUUCGAGCCUUUCGGAAGGGUAACGAGGAAACACCAUUACUUGUCAAGUAUGUUAACCUCAAUUUUCCACUAACUCUCUUGUAUCUAACUGGAUGUUGUUUUCCUAAACAGAUUGAGAGCAUACAACUUAUGAUGGACAGUGAAACUGCACGAUCCAAAGGAUAUGGUUUCAUCUCAGUAAGUUCCUGACUCCAAAAGAUUGGUGUGUGCCAUUUUAUUUAGCUGAUUCAGACUGGAUGACUGUGUUAUUGUAGUUUGCAGAUGCUGAGUGUGCUAAGAAGGCCCUGGAGCAGCUGAAUGGCUUUGAGCUGGCCGGACGGCCCAUGAAGGUUGGUAAUGUGACGGAACGUACCGAUUCCUCCACCGCCAGCUCCUUCCUGGACAACGAUGAGCUGGAGAGGACGGGCAUCGACCUGGGCACCACCGGGCGCCUGCAGCUCAUGGCCCGGCUGGCAGAGGGUGAGAUAUUAGCUGAUGUUUUUGAGUGAAUGUAGUUUGGUAUUUUUUUGUGCUCAAAAUUGGCAUUCGAUUUAUUUGUCAGCCGUUAGUAAAAGUUGAGCUUAGCAUUCGAUAUCUCCACCUGUUUUGCUGAAAUGUAAAAACCUAUUUUGUCAACCAAGGUGUUGUUACCCCAGUUGACUUCUAUAGUCACUCCAGUAUGUGUGCUCAAGUUGUUUUAAAUAGCAUUGAACAGACUUGAUGCUAAUGAAUAGUUUGUUUCCCUCAGGUACUGGUCUUCAGAUCCCUCCAGCUGCACAGCAGGCUCUACAGAUGAGUGGUUCCAUGCACUCCUCUUCAAUCCACUUCAGCAACAUGGCAGCUGGUACAGGUAGGCACAUUAUCUAUACUGUAUGUAACAUAUCAUACUACAUAUUGUGGAAUGAACUACUCACCGGCCUCAUCUUAAGACACUGCAGACUUGCCUCUCCUCAAAGGAGAAACGUUCAAAACCUGUGAUUUUGCAUUUGAAGUUUAAGCUUUGGAAGUGGAGUACCUCAUUCAAAUGUGAAAUUCACCACUAAGUUUACUUUGGCUGUUAAUCAUAAAACUCAUUCUAGAGGUACAUAGCAAACGAGAGCUGUCAGACCUGCUGUGGCAGGAUGAUUUCUAGUGAACAAUGCAAAGAGGGUUAAAAUGAUCUGGAGACUACGUGGGUUCAAAUGAUUUGCAGACAACGUGGGUUCAAAUGAAAUGUAUCUGUGACCACCAGUAUUUGAUAAUCUCAAAUGUACCACCAUAAGACUUCUCAUCUUUUCUCACUAUAAUUUAUAUUUUAAUGAUCUCUUCCACAUUUACAGUGCAUUUGGAAAGUAUUCAGACCCCUUGACUUUUUCUAAAUUUUGUCACAUUACAACCUUAUUCUAAAAUGUUAUAUAAUAAAAAAAACAUCAAUCUAUACACACUAGUCAAAAAUGACAAAGCAAAAACAGGUUUUAGAAAUUUGUGCAAAUCUAUAAAAAAAAGUAUCACAUUUACAUAAGUAUUCAGACCUUUUACUCAGUACUUUAUUGAAGCACUUUUGGCAGCAAUUACAGCCUCGAGUCUUCUUGGGUAUGACGCUACAAGCUUGGCACCACUGUAUUUGGGGAGUUUCUCCCAUUCCUCUCUGCAGAACCUCUCAAGCUCUGUCAGGUUGGAUGGGGAGCGUUGCUGCACAGCUAUUUUCAGGUCUCUGCAGAAAUGUUCGAUCGGGUUCAAGUCUGGGCUCUGGCUGGGCCACUCAAGGACAUUCGGAGACUGGUUCCGAAGCCACUCCUGCGUUGUCUUGGCUGUGUGCUUAGGGUUGUUGUCCUGUUGGAAGGUGAACCUUUGCCCCAGUCUGAGGUCCUGAGCACUCUGGAGCAGGUUUUCAUCAAGGAUCUCUCUGUACAUUGCCCCGUUCAUCUUUGCCUCGAUCCUGACUAGUCUCCCAGUCCCUGCCGCUGAAAAACAUCCCCACAGCAUAAUGCUGCCACCACAAUGCUUCACCGUAGGGAUGGUGCCAGGUUUCCUCCAGAUGUGACGCUUGGCAUUCAGGCCAAAGAGUUCAAUCUGUUUCAUCAGACCAGAGAAUCUUGUUUCUCAUGGUCUUGAGAGUCUUUUGGUGCCUUUUGGCAAACUCCAAGCCUUUUACUGAGGAGUAGCUUCCGUCUGGCCACUCUACCAUAAAGGCCUGAUUGGUGGAGUGCUGACCAAGGCCCUUCUCCCCUGAUUGCUCAGUUUGGCAAGGCGGCCAGCUCUAGGAAGAGUCUUGGUGGUUCCAAACUUCUUCCAUUUAACAAUGAUGGAGGCCACUAUGUUCUCGGGGACCUUCAAUGCUGCAGAAUCUUUUUGGUACCCUUCCCCAGAUCUGUGCCUCGACACAAUCAUGUCUCGGAGCUCUAUGGACAAUUCCUUCGACCUCAUGGCUUGGUUUUUGCUCUGAUAUGCACUGUCAACUGUGGGACCUUAUAUAGACAGGUGUGUGCCUUUCCAAAUCAUGUCCAAGCAAUUGAAUUUACCACAGUUGGACUCCAAUCAAGUUGUAGAAACAUCUCAAGGAUGAUCAAUGGAAACAGGAUGCACCUGAGAUAAAUUGAAUCUCAUAGAAAAGGGUCUAAAUACUUAUGUAAAUAAGGUAUUUCAGAAUUUUUAUUUUAAUACGUUAGCAAUUUUUCUCGCCCUGUUUUCGCUUCGCCGUUAUGGGGUAUUUUGUGUAGAUUGCUGAGGGGGAUAAAGUAUUUAAUCCAUUUUAGAAUAAGGCUGUAAUGUAACAAAAUGUGGAAAAAGUCAAGGGGUCUGAACACUUUCCGAAGGCACUGUAUCUAAUGGAUCCACACGUAAACACUAAAGGCCAAUCUGGCAUUGCCACCAACACUCAUUAUGAGGUAUGUUCAUCACUUCUGACCACAUCCCUACAACAACCUGCCAUGAUGUUGUCAGCUUUUGGUGAAAGAGUACGUCUCUGAGAUGUCUAUCUAAAAGCUGUUUUCUUCCCUCACGAUGGCACUGCGUGAAAAGAGUACAUUGAAUAUCAUAGGCAACUGGUGGGAAACCUAGAAUGAGUUAGCACCGUUUAAGUCAACCUGUUUGUUGUUUUGACUUGCCAAAGCCAGCAGUUUGUCUUACUAGGUGAAUGGACACUUCAAACUUGCUAUGCAACACUAAAAUGUUAACCUUUGCUUCUCUCACGUUGUUUGCCUUAUGCUAUGGAUGUCCACCUGUAGCAACUAGGUCUAAUGGUUUGAUGUGCACUGCAGUGUAGUAAGUCAAUGGUCUUGGCUAAGCUCUUCAUCCAUUGUGCAUCUUUCCAUCCUCAAAACCUAAAUAAUUUCCCCUUUCCGGCUGAAGUGCGAGUCUUUAAUUUCUCUUCUUCUAAUCUUUUAGACAUACAAGCCAGGCCGAACCCACCCUCUGAAGGUGAAUGUAAAAGAUUGAAGUGCACAACUUCUCAAAUCUGCACACAAUUUAAUGCUCAUCUAAAAUAAAUCCUUUCAAGUUCUCAUGUUUCAAACCAGAGCAGAAUCUCCCAUGGUUCUUUUUUCUGGUUGUGGUCUGAAAUCAUUGCUCUCAUGCAUACCAAAUUCACAGUAUGCAUAUAAAUGCUUUUUUUUUGUUAAAGCCAAAUAAGAUUCUCAAGCUCUCUGUAUACAUCUUCUCUGGUUUUCUUGUAACUACAUUUUGUCCAAAAGUGCAUUGAAACAACACGGAGGAAAGACCAGUCGUGUACUUUUACAUGUAUUAAUUGAUUGCUUGUUAAAGGGGGUAGGGAAUCCAAAUUAUUAAGUCAACCUGAUGUUCUCAGUUAGAGGCAGCGUUGGGGUCAAUUCAUUUCAUUGAAAUUACAGUCCAUUCAGGAACUGAUGGUCAGUUCAAAAGACAGGAAUUCAACUGCACUUGACCCCCCCUGGUGAGAAGGACCUCUGUUAAUGAUGCUGUCAUCUCCUUUUACAGCUGCCACCCCUGCGAUGAACCUGGGUACAAGCAUGAACCAGGCCAUGAACCUCCCAACUCAACCACUGGCUACACACUGCCUACAGCUGUCCAACAUGUUCAGCCCACAGUCGUAAAACACUACUUUCCCCUUUUCAUUUCAUGAUGACAGGAAGCAUUGUUUAGAGCUUUGAUUCACUGAACUAGGUUCACAAAUGCACCACCAAAUGUAAGAUUAGGGUACAAUUGGGAAGAUACUGAAUAACUGUCAACUCAUUUAUAUGGCUUUUUUUCUGGGAGGCAAAAAAGGCUUAACUUUUCAAUUCAUGAAGCUGGGUUAGGUUAGAUGAGUCAUUAGGGGUUGAAAUGACCUGCCUCUUUUCCAGGGAAAGUGAGCCUGGCUGGGACGUUGAGAUUCAAGAUGACGUCAUGGAGGAGUGUAACAAACACGGUGGAAUUGUCCAUAUAUACGUCGACAAGAACUCCCCUCAGGUAAGACCCUUUUUUAAAUGCACUUUAUAGAGGUGGAUAGUUCUAAAGUGGUCCAGCAAAUUGUGCACUUUGCAAAGAAAUUAUAAAAAUCAUUCACCAUUUCUGCAUGUUUUAUAUAAUGGUACAUUUUUUAGAAUGUUACAUGUUAAUUUCUUGAUCAAUUAUACCCUUUCGUCCAUCAAAUAGUAUGUUGCAGAUUGCCAAGUACCUCAACUCCACGAUGAUUUCAUCCACUGAGUUUAGCGCAGACUAUAGUUUUUUUUUUUUUUGUAUGAACCUCUGACUCCAAGUCGCUAUGCAGUCGAUAUUACAAAAUGUUAAUUCUUAAACCCUUGUACCUAUGUUUGUCCUCUGUUGCGUGCCUUUCUUUGUUUACUGAAAUCCAUACUUUUUAAUAAAAUGUUAAUCAAGUACAACCACUGACUGUUUCCUUGUUGAGAUUAAAUUGGCACAUGCGCAUUCACACUGAAUUGCCAUUUUAGAGCAACAGCAAUGAGGAAACAGUCAGUAGUUGUAUUUGAUUUGAGCAAACAAAGGAAGGCACGGAACAACCGAGGACAAGCAUGGGUACACGGUAAGGGUUUAAGAAGUCGUAGGUUCAUUAAAAAAACUUGUCUGCGCUCAACUCCGUGUAUUUGAGGUACUUGGGCAAUGUUGCAGAUCGAUAGUUGUCUUAUUGCCCUUACCGCUUCCUUUCUCUGAUAGGGCAACGUGUACGUGAAAUGCCCCACUAUCCCAACAGCGAUGGCUGCAGUGAAUGCCUUACAUGGACGGUGGUUUGCAGGUGUGUAUCCUUGUACCAAUGCAUUCUAUAGGGUCAUUCUUUGAUAUUUACAUGCAUUACAUUUAUAUCAGUUAUGUUUGUGGCAUGGGAUAAUGGGAAGUAACCUAAAUGAAAUGGUACCAUGUUAGCACAGAGUUUCUAAACCCAGAGGCGCAACAUAGCAAGACUUGUGGGAACGCUUGCCAAACAGGCCAGGGUUUGGGGUUAGAGAAGUCAGAGAGAAGUGAAGAAUUCUUUCUUAGUUGUUAAUUAAUCAAUCUGAAGGCACAACCUAGAUUCGAGCCAAUGUCUUAAGUAGUUGAACAUGUUUUUACUCCAACCUUGUGAAAGUGACAAACUAACAUUUUGAUUUCAGUCAAAAACUACUUUUAUAUCGAAGGAGUGCCUUUGAUUUGAAGGCCUGCAAAUGCACAGUUCGGCACGAGACGACCGUUAGACCCGAUUUCUGUUUCUACGCAUGAGCUUAGCUAGCCAACGUCGCCAUGACAUCGCUUACAAGUGUGAUCAGGGAUUUCUAUUGGAGAAUCCGUUUUAGCCUAUCUUCAUACUGUACUUUCUUUGAUGUUAAGCUUCAGUGAGUUGUGCUGCUGAUUUUUUUAUUUUUUUUCCCAUAGCUAGAAUGUGUUCUUUAGAACUCUCGGCUUUCUACGUUAAUAAAAUGCUCAUGUAUUAGACAAGUACUGAUGGAAUGUUUUUUUGUUCUCUCUUCGUAGGUAAAAUGAUCACUGCAGCGUACGUACCCCUCCCAACCUACCAUAACCUUUUCCCUGAUUCAGUAAUGGCCACCCAGCUACUGAUGCCUUCGCGGCGAUAAGUCUGCCAUGCAUGGAGUAGAUGUCACAACGCCUGUGGGCUUCAAGAAUGUACAUAAUGUUUGCUAAUAUGUUGGGAACUUAUUUACCAGAGUAGCAAAAUACUGCACCAGUCCACACAAUCUUCAUUCAGAAAUACAAAAGGUUUUGAAGGAUAUUUGUUUUAUUGUUCAAUCCGACAGCCAUCAGGCUGAGCUUGAGUUCUGUAUCUGCACAUUUCAAAAGGUGCACUUGAGCAAAUUACAUUGUGUGUUUCAACCUGUAUUGCGAAAAGGGUAAGGAGUUGUUCUACAGAUAUGUUAUACAGUGGGAAGUGGGUACUAAGUAGAUUUUAAGUUGACACUGACCACAAAAGAACAACCCAUUUUGGGGACAGCCCCACCUCCUAAUUAACCUGUGAUUCUAAUUGCAGUUUGCUCUGUUGUCCUCAUCCAAUUACCACUUAUCAUAUUGUACAUUUAGUCAUUCAGUUGUGCUUUAGAAAUGUUAAUUUGCCCAGUAAGUUUUUGUCAGUUGUGUUAAAUGAAAAGAACGAUGAUCAACACCCAAAAACAGAUCUAUUUUUUUUGUCAACACCUUCAAGGUAUUCAUUGUGUUUGAGACCACUUUAAGUUUUUAACAUUUUGUAAUCAAGACUUGAUUUUGUAAACUCUUGAUUUAAAUUUACUAUCAAAAUAAGUGAUUUGGGUGGGUCAAUGUGAUGUGCAUUUUUGUCUUGUUGACCUUGGAUUGUUUCAUCUGAAAUGAAGGGGGAUGUGAAAUGUGUUUGUAAUAAAAGCCUGGUUUACAACA